AGACGCUCUGUAAAGAUAAGCCCCAAUAAAUCUAGCGGUGAAACAGCUGGAAAAGACGUAGAAGUUGAUGUAAAUUCCAGAGGGACGAAAAGUCGUGCUGAAAAUGAUCAAAAAGGAUACUUUUUUUAAUUCAAAGCCGUGUGAGGAUGCUUGAGGAAGUCAGAUGAACUGUUACAGCAUCAAAUACAAAAGAAAAACAUCGACUCUGAGCUGACUUUCUGUUUUUCAAACAAUAUCCCACGUAUUUUGAUUUAGGACAUCAUGGGAAGUUUUAAAGGCCAUGCAUUACCUGGAAGUUUCUUCCUAAUCUUUGGUUUGUGGUGGGCCGCAAAGCAGUCAUUUUUGUACGCUGCCCGCAAGAACAAAAGUGCUGGUGCAGGAAGGCUGGCAACUAGAGCUUCCCAACGGCGCAUAGAAAUCAUGGAAGGAGCAGUCAUUUUGGCAUUUUCUAUUUUUGGCAUGUUUGCAGAGCAACUUUUUGCCGGCGGGCCCAAGUUUCAACUGUAUAAUUCAUCCACUCAGCAAUGGGAGCAGCUGAUGAUCUGGCAGCACACCACCAUGUACCUGUUCUUUGCUAUCGCAGGGGCCACGGCUGCCAUUGUCCACAGCACAGAUAUUGCCCCGCUGGCAUUAGAUCGUAUGCUGCUGGGUCUUGCUUUCUUUAAUGAGGGAUUCCUGUUUUUUUAUCAUCUCCAUGGUAGAGACAUGCUUGAUGUCCUCGUUCACACCCUUCUCCUCUAUGCCAUUUUUGGACAAGCUCUUAUCUGCUUUCUGGAGGUUUUCCACAGGGGAAAUAUACUACUAGAAUUGCUUAGAGCCACUCUUACCAUACUGCAGGGCAGCUGGUUCUGGCAGAUUGGCUUUGUGUUAUACCCACCCAGUGAAGUGAAAUGGGAUCUGACAGACCAUGACAAUGCUAUGUUUGUAACAUUAUGCUAUUGCUGGCAUUUAGUAGUUGCAUUGCUCAUUGUUGCCAUAGUGUACUGGUCGGUUCUCUGUGGUGUCCGUUCAAAAGUGAGGAGAAUGCCACCCAUGGCAAUGGGGCUUUUGAAACCAAGAGAGAAAGAAGUGGAGUCUGAAGAUGAAAUCUGAUGAGAGUUUAUCACAGAUUUUACUUUGCAUCCUUAUGUGUUUGGACCUUCUCAAUCUCAGAGCACAUAUUGAGAUUAAGACAGAGGGGUAGUUGCCAAAUAUUAACGCAGCCGAGAGAAUACCUAAACAGUGUGUUUGUUCAAGUGGGCAAACAACGAUAGUCUUGCUGAUUGAGAAGUUUUUAUUUAUUUAUUCUUAUUUUAACAUUUCAUUCUCCUGUGUUUCUGGUGUCUCAGGAUUGAAACUUUAUAACUGAAAGGAAUUUUUCCUUUUUAUCCAAUCAUUUUAAAAGGUGUUUAUAUAUAUUUGAUAUUUCAUGCAGUACAGUUUUGCAUUGUUUCUCUUUGACUUAACACUGUACCGUGGAAAUUGAGAUUUAUUUGUGCCUUGUCAGUAUUUUGUUUUGUUUUUUCACUCAAGGUUGUUAUGAUAUUUUUCUUAAGUUGGUUUUAGAGGAACUACAUGAAAUACAUAUGCAGAUUAUUGCAAUUUAAUGCACCCGAGAUCUGUACUGACAUAUCUUAACAUAUAUCAUUGCCAUUGUUUUGUCUCAAGAUGCACACCUGCAUAUUUAUUUGUAAGGUUUGUUUGUAAAAACUACUGAAAUGUCCCAAUAUAACUAAGGCAUAGUCCUGGAUUAGUCUAAACCCAGUUCGGGAAAUCUCCCCAUCACCAAAUAUACGAUAUUUUAAAGUACUGACAGUUUUUAGCUGUUUAGCUGUUUGAUUUCUGCCACAGCAUUCUUUAUACAUAUA